UAAGAAAAAUUAGAUGCAUUUUCCUGUUUAUUGUAGACGUGUUUUGCCUGGAGCGUAAUUUGCUGAUUUGCCACGGAACCUGUCUUGCAUUCAUGGAGGCAUUUAAUUGGCUGCUGAGCACGAGUAUACUUGUGGGUCGAAGCGUGGUCGGUUCUGUCUUAGUUCCGUUUAUACUUUUGUUCUUUCUGUUUGUGAUCAAGUUCGCUCCAAGAAAUAUGUUUCAACGAAAUAAAAACCCUACUUCUACUACUGCUGCUGCUCCAAAAGGGAAAGCUACAGCAGGUAAGGACAAUAAAGUGCCCAGCAAGAAACUUGAUAGUUGUCAAGCUGCGAAAGUGCAUGAAGUAAAAAACAUCCCGAAAAUUAACGUCAAACCAACCCCAAAGUCAACACAGAACGGUAGUGGUUGUGCAACAGCUAAUACAAAGUCUACUAAGACAGCAAAUGGUUCAGCAUCUCAAACGAAGUCAACCAAAGACACACUAAUGGCAUCGAAACCAGUAACCGAUCAAGAAAAGCGAAAACAAAUUUCUGUUCGUGGAAUUGCUUCGUUGGAAGGAGUGUCUGAUAUUAAGAAGUCAUUCAAUCGUCACCUCCACUAUACACUAGUGAAGGACCGUAAUGUGGCGACUGGUAGAGAUUAUUACUUUGCUUUAGCCAACACUGUUCGUGACCAGAUGGUUGGGAGAUGGAUUCGAACACAGCAGUAUUAUUAUGAGAAGGACCCAAAGAGAGUGUAUUACUUGUCACUUGAGUUCUACAUGGGACGUGCACUGCAAAACACAAUGUUGAACCUUGGAAUACAGAGUUCAUGUGAUGAAGCAAUGUAUCAACUUGGUCUUGAUAUUGAGGAACUUGAAGAAUUAGAAGAAGAUGCAGGUUUGGGUAAUGGAGGUUUAGGCAGAUUAGCUGCUUGCUUCCUUGAUUCCAUGGCUACACUUGGUUUGGCUUCAUAUGGAUAUGGAAUACGUUAUGAAUACGGGAUUUUUAAUCAAAAGAUAAGAGAGGGGUGGCAAGUAGAAGAGGCAGAUGACUGGCUUCGUUACGGCAACGCAUGGGACAAGGCACGACCUGAAUAUAUGGUUCCUGUUCAUUUCUUUGGCAAUGUAGAGCAUGGACCUGAUGGUGAUUGGAGUAAACCAUGCAAGUGGGUUAAUUCACAGGUUGUGUUUGCAAUGCCAUACGACACCCCAACUCCUGGGUAUGGCAACAACACAGUGAACACUCUACGUUUGUACACCGCUAAAUCCCCCAACUCAUUCAACCUUGGUGUUUUCAACACUGGAGAUUACAUCCAAGCAGUGUGCGACCGAAAUCUUGCCGAGAAUAUUUCCAGAGUUCUUUAUCCCAAUGACAACUUUUUUGAAGGAAAGGAGCUUCGUUUGAAACAAGAAUAUUUUGUUGUGUGCGCCACACUACAGGAUAUCAUACGAAGAUUCAAAUCUUCAAUCUUUGGUUGUCGGGAUCCUGUUCGUACCUCGUUCGAUGCUUUCCCUGAUAAGGUUGCCAUUCAAUUGAACGACACGCACCCUUCACUUGCCAUCCCUGAGUUGAUGAGAUUGUUGAUUGAUAUUGAGGAGAUGGAAUGGGAUCGUGCGUGGAAGAUCGUGGUGAACACGUGCGCUUAUACUAACCAUACGGUGCUUCCUGAAGCUUUGGAAAGAUGGCCGGUGCAUCUGAUGGAGAAGAUGUUGCCGAGACACUUGGAGAUUAUUUAUAUGAUCAACCAAAAGCAUAUUGAGAACAUCAGCAAGCACUUUCCUGGUGACUUUGAUCGUCUACGAAGGAUGUCGUUGGUAGAAGAAGAUGGAGAGAAGAGGAUCAACAUGGCUCAUCUUUGUAUUGUGGGAUCGCAUGCUGUUAAUGGGGUGGCUGCCAUUCAUUCAAAGAUUAUUCAAGAUUCAGUCUUCAAGGAUUUUGUAGAGCUAUCCGAGAAGAUGGGUGAAGUAAAUAAGUUUCAAAACAAAACCAACGGUAUAACCCCACGUAGAUGGUUGUUGUUGUGCAAUCCUGGUCUCGCUGAUCUUAUUGCUGAGAAAAUUGGUGAAGAUUGGCCAAAGAAUUUGGACCAGUUGCGUGAGUUGACGCCAUUGAUUGAUAAUCCUACUUUCAUUAGAAGUAUUGGACAAGUCAAACAGGAAAACAAGAUGAAACUCGCUCGUUUCAUAAAGAAGGAAUGGAAUAUUGAUGUUAAUGUUGCUUCUAUGUUUGAUGUACAGGUGAAACGUAUCCACGAAUACAAGCGACAAUUGAUGAACGCGUUACACAUCGUGGUUAUGUACAACAGGAUCAAGGCAAACCCUAAUAAGGAGUUUGUCCCAAGAACAGUUAUGAUUGGUGGAAAGGCAGCACCAGGUUACCACACAGCUAAGAUGAUAAUCAAGUUGAUCAACAAUAUUGCUGCCAUGGUCAACCAUGAUCCGAUAGUUGGGGAUAAACUUAAAGUGGUUUAUCUUGAGAAUUACAGGGUCUCAUUGGCUGAGAAGGUGAUUCCUGCCGCCGAUCUUUCGGAACAAAUUUCGACCGCUGGUACCGAGGCUUCAGGGACUGGAAACAUGAAGUUCAUGUUAAACGGAGCGCUUACAAUCGGAACACUUGAUGGUGCUAACGUGGAGAUGGCCGAGGAAAUGAACGGGGAAAACAUUUUCAUAUUUGGGAUGAAAGUUCAUGAGGUUGAAGAACUUGAUAAGGCUGGAUACAACGCUCGUCAGUUUUACGAGAGCGUGCCUGAGUUAAAGACAGCACUUGAUCAAAUAUCAUCAGGAUAUUUCAACCCGAUGGAAGCCGAUCAAUUCACCCACUUCGUGGAGAACUUGAUCAACCACGAUCGGUUCAAAUUGUUGGCCGACUUUAAAGCUUAUGUGGAGUGUCAGGAUCGUGUCAGUGAGGCUUUCAAGGACACAGAGAAAUGGACGAAGAUGUGUCUUGCCAACAUUGCGGCUUCUGGAAAGUUUUCUAGUGAUCGUACCAUUAGUCAAUAUGCUCGUGAAAUAUGGGGCGUUGAGCCACAACCAGAUCUUAAGAUACCGGCACCUCAUGAACCCCUGGAACGUGCCGAGACAUCGGAAGGUUACAAGGAUUUCUAAAGUUGCACAAACGCAUUAUACCUGCUGCAGUAUAUUCACAUAAAGUUCGUUAUUUAUUUGAUAGUUUUGUUAAGUUGUAACCAGCAAAUAUAUAUAAGCUUGGAAAGUCAACUUUUGCUUCUGUAUUUAAUUCAGCUUACUUGGUGAAACAUUUAAAAAAAUUUGUUCCUUUAAUUAUUUUCGCACGUUAUCUGCCAAUACACUGUCUUAACAUUCAAA